CCUGUCAGCUAAAUAAAACAAAAAAGUACAUACAAUAAUUUGCAACACCAUUACAAGACUAUAGGAGUAAUAUAUUCAUGCACAUGUCAACCAUUCUCAAAGUUCCUCCCUUGCUCAACCGAAACAUUUAUAUCUAAGCAUUAUUUCCAGGUGACUUCUUCUCUUAGCUUGAUUGCUUUUUUUGAUCCCUCUUUAAUUUCUCAUUUAAGUCCUUCUUCUCUUAGAUUUAUGUCUUGUCUUGCCUCUUUUUUUGGGUCAGUGUGCUUGUCCGUGUACGUGAUUUUAUGUUCGGGUGUAGCUAGCAAUAAGGGUCGAUACUCAAUUGGUUAGGUUUGGGUUUGAACUCGAGUUGCUUUCAAGUUUUCUAGAAAAUGUAUAGAAAAUUUAUGUAACACGUAAUAUAAUAACCAAUCACGAUAAUUGGGUUGUAUCGAUCUAAUCACAUUUGGGUUCUUUUGAUUCAAUUUAUAUUUGGUUCCUCUUAGUAACUUCAAAGUCUGAGUUUGGUUGAAUCAAAUUUGUUAGAUGUAUGCCUCUACUUAUAUACGGGCUCUGAAAUAUGACAUCGCUACAUUUACUCACUAAUUUCACUCGCAAGAAAUAAUUAAGAAGCCAAAUUUCUCUUAAUAGUUUUACUUUUACCGAUGCAACAAAAACUUGAAGGUUGAUUUGCCACCAAUACCAUAUUGUUUUGGGUUAUGGCUAGUGUGCUGAUCUUGUUUCUUUAUCAUCAUUAUCAAUCAUCGAGUAUUACUUACACCACCAAUGAUGUAUUGGCCUAGUGGUUAAGAUUGAGUUGCUGUGAACGAUUCCCCUUCUUUGUACUUUGUACUGCCUUCGUGGCUUAUUUACACCUAUAUACUUGUGUAGUUGAUGCAUUUGUUGCAGUUGAUAAAAUGGCAGAGAAUCUUGUUUCAAGUUGGUCAGAUGGUAAAUCAUUGCCUGAAAGUUACAUAUUUCCAUCAGGAAAAAGACCGGGGGAGAACGUUGUUCCCACAUCUAAGAGUGUUCCUGUCAUUGAUCUUGGCCAUAUCAAUCGCAAAGAAACAAUCCAAAACAUUAUAGAGGCUAGCCAAGAGUUUGGAUUCUUUCAGGUGAUUAACCAUGGAGUGCCGAGAAAAGUAUUUGAUGAUACUAGAGCAGCUUUUAAAGAAUUCUUCGCGCUUCCUAUGGAGGAUAUAGCAAACUUGUACUCUUUGGAUCUUAGUCGGAAAUGCAUGCUUUACACCAGCAAUGUUGAUUAUGAUAAAGAAGAGAUUCACAAUUGGAGGGAUUCUUUAAGACUCGCGUGUAGUCCUUUGAAGGAUUGCAUCCAAUUCUGGCCUGAAAAACCUACAGGAUACAGGGAUGUUGUUGGAGAUUAUGUGAUGAAAGUUCGAGAGGUUGGAUCGAGCAUUUUGGAGCUCAUAUGUGAAGGACUCGGGCUUGAAUCAGGACAUUUUGUAGGUGAAAUAAGCCAACAGCAAGUUAUGGCUGUUCAUCAUUACCCUCCAUGCCCUGAUCCCAGUUUAACCUUGGGAACUAGAAAGCAUUGUGAUCCUGGCCUCAUUACUAUACUUCUUCAAGGGGAUAUUCCAGGGCUUCAAGUGUUGAAGGACGGUCAGUGGAUCGGUGUUGAGGCAAUUCCUGAUGCAUUAGUCAUGAAUAUUGGGAAUCAAUUACAGAUUGUUAGCAAUGGAAAGCUACGUAGCGUGGAACAUCGAGUAGUAACAAACAAAGAUGUAGCUCGUUAUACUGCUGCGUUAUUCAUCGAGCCACCACGAGACUGCAUUGUAGAACCUGCUAAAGCUCUUGUUAAUGCACAAAAUCCUCCACUUUAUAAGAGUGCACGAUACGAAGACUUCCUACAUACAUUUAGGGCAGCCUAUGUAGGCAAAAUUGAGGAUGUAAUGGAGCCUUAUAUGUUAAAAACCUGAAGGUUCUAGAAAAAAGAAUAAAUGGACAAAUUCUUUUUUGUUUUGGCAUAAUAAAGGCUCUGCUUGAACGCCUAUGUAAUAAGAGAACACUUAUUUUUAAUUUGUUCUAAAGGAAUCCGUGUAUACAAAGUAUGUU